AUUUUGACGUUUGUGGGCAAUGAUUUUCUUUCGUUUCACUAAACGUAAACAAAAAUAAAAAUAAAGGGCGAAAGAGUACUAUUUUUUUUAAACGCCUGCGAGCUAUUUAAUUAACCUUUAUCUUAUAUACAUUUUAAAAAAUAUGGGUGAUUAUGAUUCUGAUGACGAAAAAUCACAAUUAGAAAAGCUGCGCUAUGCGAAAGUUCCGCGCGGAAUGUUUGUGAGCGGAUGGGACGAUGAUGCUGACGAACUAAUUGAAGAAGACAAAAAUCCACAAGCAAGCAUCGAGCGAAUGAUUCUAUGGGCUGUAAAUGAAAAUAAAAUAAAUGAAGUUCGAGACAUUCUAAAACUGGACGCCGAAACUGUUUCUGCAAUAGACGACGAUGGUUAUACGCCUUUGCAUCGGGCAUGUUACAAUAAUUUCGUAGAUAUUGCCAAAUUAUUGUUGCAGUACAAGGCCAAUCCAAAUGCACGUACAAAUUUGGGUUGGACGCCUUUACAUUCAGCAUGUAAAUGGAGUAAUGCAGAAUGUGCUGGGUUACUUUUACAACAUGGGGCUGAUGUGAACGCCAGAUCUGAAGGCGAUCAAACUCCACUACACGUGACAGCAACCGUGUCUAACUGUCGCAAUACGGCGACAGUACUUUUAAUGAACGAAAAUAUCGAUACGUCGGCGUUAAAUAAUUCCGAAGAGACGGCUGAGGUAAUUGCGCGACGUACUGGACUGACAUUUCCUGUAUUUGAAAUGGGCCACCCGGCGUAUGAAGUUGAAACCGGUAUAAUUGAUUAAAUGAUGCUGCUCUAUUAAAGCAAAAGCUCUAAUUUAAAGUACUUUUUUAUUUUUAUUAUAAAUUAAAGCUACCUUUGUGUUGUUA